AUGGAGGAUCAACAAAUAAAUGUUGAUUCACCAACUAGUGGUACAAAUACACCACCAGUUGUAACACCAACAACUUCAGUAAUUAGUGAACAAACUUUAGAAGAAACAGUAAAAUAUUUAUGUAAAAUUUGUCCAACCUUAUUAGAUGGUGACCAAUCUGUAUUUCAAAAUAAUCUUUCAAAUCAAAUUCCACCAGAGAAUAUGAAUAAAUUAAAAAAAUUCAUCUCUGAUUCUAAAAUACCUGUAUUACUUAUUCAAAAAACAAAUCCAACUAUAAAUAGUUCAAAUCAAACAUCAACAACAACUUCAUCAUCAUCAUCAUCUGAUGAUAAUACUUUAACUUCAUCACAACAACAAUCAAAAGAAUCAUUUAAUUUUGAAAUUGAAGUUAAAUUUGGAGGUGAAAAUAAAUCAACAUUAGCAAUUGUAAAGAGAAUACCAGAGAGUAUUGUUGAAUAUAGUUCAAAUAAAUCGAUUGCAUCACAACUUCAAGUUUUAAAUUUAGGAGAUGGAUCACCAAUGGAUACAUUACAUAAUUAUAUUCAUAAUUCAGUUGCACCAUUUGUUAGAUCAUAUAUUUUAUCAGCAUCAAAAGAUGAUGCAACUACACCAAGUGGUGGUAGUGCAGAUAAAUCAAUUACAAGUCAAAAUUUGGAUAAGGAGAUGAAACAAAGUAUUGGUGCAGUCAAUCAAAAGAUAGCAGAAUUAGAGAUCUCUUUAUACAAUUGUAAACAACAAGUUCAAAUACCAGAGGUAACAUUAGCAAUCAAUCCAGAGAUUAAAUCAAUCUCAAAGAGAUUAAAAGAAACCACUGGUCGUACCAUUAAACCAGAUGAUUUAGGUGACAAAGCAUCAUCACCUGAAUUUUUGAAUUUACUUCAAGCUGGUACAACCACUUGGGCUAAAAACAUUCAAAAUGUUACCAAACAUAAUUUGAUCGAGAAUUUACCAUCAGAUGUAUCCACCAGUCAAGAGAUUAACUUUUGGAUUGAAUUGGAAACUUCACUUCAAAAUAUUGAUCAACAAUUGAAAUCACCAGAGGUUGAAGUUACUUUGGCCACCUUAAGACAAGCUAAACGUUUCAUUGCAAGUGCUCCAUUUGAAACCGAUACCAUUGGUGUCAGAAAAGCCAUGGAUAAAGUACAAAGUUAUAAAACACUCUUUAAAGAUUUCCCAAUCACUCCAUUGUUAACUGCAACCGAUUUGGAUUCAAUCUCUUCAAGUGUAGCGGCAAUCUUUUCUCAUUUAAAGAAAACAAAGAAUCCAUACUAUCCAAUUCCACGUUAUCUUUCAUUCCUUGAGGCCAUUGGUAGAGAUAUGUGUAAUAAAGUCUAUCAAAUCCUUCGUCAAAAGAAUUUAAUGAAUAUCGAUUACAAUGAUUUUGAACAUUUAAAUAGAUCCGUUAGAGCAUUAUUCACUUUAUGGGAUGAUCAAUUUGGAGCUUUUCGUGAUAUUCUUCGUGAUUUAGCUAAAAAGAGAGGUAAUGAACGUAUUCCACUCAUUGUUAACAUUGAUAAUCGUAUUCAAUUGGUAAUUAUUAAAAUUGGUAAAUUUAGAAAACAACAUGAAGAUUUAAAGAAUGUAGUUUCAAAUGUUUUACCAGGUAGUCAAUUGGGUGGUGGUGUUGUUCAAACAAAUACUUCAAAUCCAACUUCACCACAAAAACAAGAAAUUAAUGCAAUUGAAGAGAUUAAUCAAGCUUAUUUAGAAUUUAAAGAGAUUGAUGUACUUCAAUUAUCAAAAGAAGGUGAAGAGAUUUGGGAUGCAGUUGUAAAACGUUACAAUUCUCGUACUGAUCGUGUUGAAACUUAUAUCACCGUCAAAUUACGUGAUCGUUUAGCAACAGCAAAGAAUGCAAAUGAAAUGUUUAGAGUUUAUCAAAAGUUUAAAGAUCUUUUAAAGAGACCAAAGAUUAGAGGUGCAACUCACGAAUAUGAAUCACAAUUGAUUGAAAGAGUUAAAGAAGACAUUAGAGUAUUACAUGAUAAAUUCAAAAUGCAAUAUAAUAAUUCUGAAGCAUACUAUAUGAGUCAAUUACGUGAUCUUCCACCAGUUAGUGGUGCUAUCAUUUGGGCAAGACAAAUCGAAAGACAAUUGGAUACCUACAUGAAAAGAGUUGCCAAUGUUUUAGGUGAUAGUUGGGAGAGUGAUGCUGAAGGUCAAAAAUUAAAAUCAGAAUCCGAUCAAUUUAGACAUAAAUUAAACACUGACCAUAUCUUUUCAAAAUGGGCCGAUGAAACAGAGAAACGUUCAUUUGAUAUCUCUGGUAGAAUUUUAACAAUCGUUAAACGUGGUAACAAAUUGGCAUUGGAUAUCAAUUUCGAUAGUCAUAUCAUUAUGUUAUUUAAAGAAGUUAGAAAUUUACAAUGGUUAGGUUUCCGUGUACCAUUGAAAAUCUCAUUCAUUAGUCAAGGUGCUAAACAAGUUUAUCCAUUUGCAGUCUCCUUAAAAGAAACCUUAAGAACUUAUGCUCAAACCUCUGGUAAAGUCACUCCUGAAUUUUCAACAUUGGUCGCAAGUUAUAAACGUGACGUUCAAGCUAACAUCACUGAAGGUUUCCGUUUGAAAUGGGAAACCAUUCCAAAAGUUGAUCCAUACGUUAGAAAACUUUCAACCUCAAUCAAUAAUUUCCGUGAUAAAGUUGAUGAUUUAAUCGUUAAAUACUCUGAAAUCAAGAAACAAUUGGAUGGAUUAAAAUCAUGUCCAUUCAAAUCUGAAUCAUUCAAUGAAAUCAUUGCAAACAUUCAAAAGGUUGUAGAUGAAUUGAAUUUGGCAAAUUAUUCAAAUUUACCUCAAUGGGUAACUCAAUUGGAUGCUCAAGUUGAAUCAAUGUUAAUUGAAAGAUUAAUUGAUGCAAUCAAUUCUUGGGUUCAAUUAAUUGAAGGUAAAGAAGAUCAAAAAGAUUCUCAAUCCACUUCUGGAUCUUCAAAUAAAGGUGGCAAAUUAAAUAGAAUGAAUUAUUCAAUUAGAAAUAAAUCUGAUGAAGAAAAUUCAUCAGAUUUAACUCAACCACAACAAUCUCAACAACAACAACAAACAAUUUCAAUCAAACCAAAAUUAGAAAAAACUAUUCAUGAAAUUGUAAUUAGAAAUCAAAUUUUAUCAUUAUCACCACCAUUAGAAGUUGCACGUGUUAAUUGGAUUGAUCAAUUACAUAGUUGGUUAAAUAUUUGUUGUGAUUUACCACGUAUUCAAUCAAGUCGUUAUGAUGAAUCAGCAAUGGUUCAUCGUGGUGGUGUAGAUUCAAAGAAACAAUCAACCUUUAGAGAUAUGUUACCAAAAUUACCACAAGGUUCAUUGGAGAGUGCCUAUAGUGCAAUCACUAAUAAAUUGGAACAAGUUCAACAAUAUGUUUCAAUUUGGUUACAAUAUCAAUCACUUUGGGAUAUGGAUUCAUCAUUUGUCUAUAGUAAAUUAGGUGAUGAUCUUAAUAAAUGGCAAUUACUUUUGAAUCAAAUUAAAAAAUCAAGAUCAACCUUUGAUAAUUCAUCAACAGAGAAACAAUUUGGACCAUUAACUAUUGAUUAUACUCAAGUUCAAGCAUCAGUUAAUAAUAAAUAUGACUAUUGGCAUAAGGAUAUUCUUGGUCAUUUCGGUUCUAAAUUAGCAGAGAAAAUGAAUCAAUUCUAUGAGACCAUUUCAUCAUCUCGUCAAGAGUUGGAGAAAUUAUCAGUUGAAACCGUUUCCACUGAAGAGGCCGUUCAUUUUAUCAUUCAAAUUCAAGAUAUGAAAAAGAAACUCUCAUCUUGGGAGGCAGAUUUACGUUAUUAUCGUACUGGUCAAGAUUUAUUACAACGUCAAAGAUUUAGUUUCCCAAACGAUUGGUUAGAUUGUGAAAGAGUAGAAGGUGAAUGGAGUGCUUUCAAUGAGAUCCUCAAUCGUAAGAAUGCCACAAUCAGCGAGGCCAUUCCACAAUUACAAGCUAAAAUCCUUCAAGAAUCAAAAUCAAUCAAUGAUCGUAUCAAAGAUUUCAUUGAUGAAUGGACCGCCAAUAAACCAUUACAAGGCUCAAUUAAACAUUCAACCGCUCUUGAAACUUUGAAGAUUUUCGAAGGUCGUCUUAUUCGUCUUCGUGAGGAAAGUGAUCGUUUAUCAAAAGCCAAACAAGCUUUGGAUCUCACCGAUACCACUGGUUCAUCAUCAUCAGAUCAAGAUCGUUUGGUACCAGUCGAAGAGGAGAUUCAAGAUUUGAAAGCAGUUUGGGUCGAACUUUCAAAUACAUGGCAAGAAAUCGAUAGUCUUAAAGAGACUGCUUGGUCUGCUAUCAUUCCAAGAAAAGUUAGAAAAUCAUUGGAAGAUACUUUACAAAAAUUGAAAAAUUUACCAAAUCGUAUUCGUCAAUACUCUGCCUUUGAUCAUGCUCAAAACUUAAUUAAAAUCUAUCUCAAAGGUAAUGCAAUCAUCACCGAUCUUCACUCUGAAGCCAUCAAAGAUCGUCAUUGGAAAAUUUUAAAGAAACGUUUAAAUACCAAUUGGAUCAUUACAGAGUUAACAUUGGGUUCCAUUUGGGAUUCAGAUUUAGCAAGAAAUGAAAAUAUCUAUCGUGAGGUUAUCACUGCAGCUCAAGGUGAAAUUGCUUUAGAGGAAUUCCUUAAAGGUGUUAGAGAAUUUUGGACAACUCUCGAAUUGGAUCUCGUUAACUAUCAACGUAAAUGUAAAUUGGUACGUGGUUGGGAUGAUUUAUUCAACAAAUUGGCAGAACAUUUGAAUUCAAUUUCCGCUAUGAAAAUGUCACCAUACUAUAAGGUUUUCGAAGAGGAAGCAAAUCAUUGGGAUGAUAGAUUAAAUAAGGUUAGAUCAUUAUUGGAUGUUUGGAUCGAUGUUCAAAGACGUUGGGUCUAUUUAGAAGGUAUUUUCAGUGGUAGUGGUGAUAUCAAUCAAUUGUUACCAGCUGAAUCAACUCGUUUCAAGAGUAUCAACUCUGAAUUCAUUGCAAUCCUUAAAAAGGUUAGUGGUGCACCAUUGAUUUUGGAAGUAUUGGCCAUUGAAAGAAUUCAACAAACUAUGGAACGUUUAUCCGAUCUCUUGGGUAAAGUUCAAAAAGCAUUGGGUGAAUAUUUGGAGAGACAAAGAUCUGCAUUUGCUCGUUUCUAUUUCGUAGGUGAUGAAGAUCUUUUGGAAAUCAUUGGUAAUAGUAAAGAUAUCAUUAAGAUUCAAAAGCAUUUCAGAAAGAUGUUUGCUGGUUUGGCUAAUUUAACUUUGGAUGAUGAAAAAACCACCAUUAUUGGUAUGUCCUCUGCUGAAGGUGAAACCGUUACCUUUAAGAAACCAAUUUCCAUCGCUAAUGGUCCAAAGAUUCAUGAAUGGUUAACAAUGGUUGAAUCUGAAAUGAAAUCAACUUUGGCAACUUUAUUAAGUGAAUCAUUACAACAUUUCAAUCAAGUCGAUGUUAAUGAUCAUUCUAAAUACUCUGAAUGGGUUGAUAAUUAUCCAACUCAAUUGGUCCUUCUUACAAGUCAAAUUGUUUGGUCCACUCAAGUCGAUCAAGCUUUAGGUGGUGGUACAUUACAACAAUCAAAGAUUCAAGAACAAUUACAAUCCAUUGAACAAACCACUCAAAUGAUUUUAAAUAAUUUGGCCGAUAGUGUUUUACAAGAUUUAUCCGCUCAAAAGAGAAAGAAAUUCGAACAUUUAAUUACAGAGUUGGUUCAUCAACGUGAUGUGGUCAGACAAUUACAAAAAUGUAAAAACCUUACUGGUAAUAAAGAUUUUGAUUGGCUCUAUCAUAUGCGUUACUAUUAUGAUGCUACUCAAGAGAAUGUUCUUCAUAAAUUGGUCAUCCAUAUGGCAAAUGCUACUUUUUAUUAUGGUUUCGAAUAUUUAGGUAUUGGUGAACGUUUGGUUCAAACUCCAUUAACUGAUCGUUGUUAUCUUACACUAACUCAAGCAUUGGAGAGUAGAAUGGGUGGUAAUCCAUUUGGUCCAGCAGGUACUGGUAAAACUGAAACCGUUAAAGCAUUGGGUAGUCAAUUGGGUCGUUUCGUAUUGGUUUUCUGUUGUGAUGAAGGUUUUGAUCUUCAAGCUAUGUCUCGUAUUUUCGUUGGUCUUUGUCAAUGUGGUGCUUGGGGUUGUUUCGAUGAGUUCAAUCGUUUGGAGGAAAGAAUUCUCUCUGCUGUCUCUCAACAAAUUCAAACCAUUCAAGUCGCUCUCAAAGAGAAUUCCAAAGAGGUUGAACUUUUAGGUGGUAAAAAUAUUUCACUCCACCAAGAUAUGGGUAUUUUUGUAACAAUGAAUCCAGGUUAUGCAGGUCGUUCCAAUUUACCAGAUAAUUUAAAGAAACUUUUCCGUUCAAUGGCCAUGAUUAAACCAGAUCGUGAAAUGAUUGCUCAAGUUAUGUUAUACAGUCAAGGCUUUAAAACUGCAGAAGUUUUAGCCGGUAAAAUCGUUCCACUCUUUAAACUUUGUCAAGAACAAUUGUCAGCUCAAUCUCAUUAUGAUUUUGGUUUACGUGCUCUCAAGAGUGUUUUAGUUAGUGCAGGUGGUAUCAAGAGAAAAUGUCAACCACCACAAUUACCACCAAUCACUGAUGCUGAAUCAAAAACUAAAGCUGAUCAAAUCUAUUGUCAAUAUGAAAUUGGUGUGUUAUUAAACUCUAUCAAUGAUACCAUGAUUCCAAAAUUGGUUGCUGACGAUAUUCCAUUGAUUCAAUCAUUGUUAUUGGAUGUUUUCCCAGGUUCACAAUUACAACCAAUUCAAAUGGAUCAAUUACGUAAAAAGAUUCAAGAAAUUGCCAAACAAAGACAUUUGGUUACCAAACAAGAAUGGGUUGAAAAGAUCCUUCAAUUACAUCAAAUUCUCAAUAUCAAUCAUGGUGUUAUGAUGGUUGGUCCAUCUGGUGGUGGUAAAACUACAAGUUGGGAGGUUUAUUUAGAAGCCAUCGAACAAGUUGAUAACAUUAAAUCCGAAGCUCAUGUUAUGGAUCCAAAAGCUAUCACCAAAGAUCAAUUAUUUGGUUCAUUGGAUUUAACAACUCGUGAAUGGACCGAUGGUUUAUUCACUGCAACCCUUCGUCGUAUCAUUGAUAAUGUUCGUGGUGAAUCCACUAAACGUCAUUGGAUCAUUUUCGAUGGUGAUGUUGAUCCAGAAUGGGUAGAAAAUUUGAACUCUCUCUUGGAUGAUAAUAAAUUAUUAACACUUCCAAAUGGUGAACGUUUAGCACUUCCAAAUAAUGUUAGAGUUAUGUUUGAAGUACAAGAUCUUAAAUAUGCAACACUCGCUACCAUUUCACGUUGUGGUAUGGUUUGGUUUAGUGAAGAGAUUUUAACAACUCAAAUGAUUUUCCAAAAUUAUUUAGAUACUCUUUCAAAUGAACCAUUUGAUCCACAAGAAAAAGAACAACAAAAAAGAAAUGAAAAUGCUCAAUUACAACAACAACAACAAACAACUAUUACUUCACCAAUUUUAACUUCACCACCAACUACAUCAUCAUCAUCACGUUCAACCACUUCAACAACUUCAAUGAUACCAGCUGGAUUAAAAGUUCAAAAAGAAUGUGCAGCAAUUAUUUCACAAUAUUUUGAACCAGGUGGUUUGGUUCAUAAAGUUUUAGAAGAUGCUGGUCAAAGACCACAUAUUAUGGAUUUCACUCGUCUUAGAGUAUUAAAUUCUUUCUUCUCCUUAAUGAAUAGAUCAAUUGUCAAUGUUAUUGAAUAUAAUCAAUUACAUUCAGAUUUCCCAAUGUCACCAGAAAAUCAAAGUAAUUAUAUUACCAAUCGUUUACUUUAUUCAUUAAUGUGGGGUUUAGGUGGUAGUAUGGGUUUAGUUGAAAGAGAGAACUUCUCUAAAUUCAUUCAAACCAUUGCAAUUACUCCAGUUCCAGCCAAUACUAUUCCAUUGUUAGAUUAUUCCGUAUCAAUUGAUGAUGCCAAUUGGAGUUUAUGGAAGAAUAAAGUACCAUCAGUUGAAGUUGAAACUCAUAAAGUUGCCUCACCAGAUGUUGUCAUUCCAACCGUUGAUACAACUCGUCAUGUUGAUGUAUUACAUGCUUGGUUAUCUGAACAUCGUCCAUUGAUUCUUUGUGGUCCACCAGGUUCUGGUAAAACCAUGACACUCACAAGUACACUUCGUGCUUUCCCAGACUUUGAGGUGGUUUCAUUGAAUUUCAGUUCAGCAACAACACCAGAACUUUUACUCAAGACAUUCGAUCAUCAUUGUGAAUAUAAACGUACACCAAGUGGUGAAACUGUACUUCGUCCAACUCAAUUAGGUAAAUGGUUAGUAGUAUUUUGUGAUGAAAUCAAUCUUCCAUCCACUGAUAAAUAUGGCACUCAACGUGUUAUUACAUUCAUUCGUCAAAUGGUUGAAAAAGGUGGUUUCUGGAGAACAUCCGAUCAUACUUGGAUUAAAUUGGAUAAGAUUCAAUUCGUUGGUGCAUGUAAUCCACCAACUGAUGCUGGUCGUGUUCAAUUAACUCAUCGUUUCCUUAGACAUGCUCCAAUCUUAUUGGUAGAUUUCCCAUCAACUUCAUCUCUCACUCAAAUCUAUGGUACUUUUAAUAGAGCCUUAAUGAAACUUUUACCAAAUCUUCGUUCAUUCGCUGAUAAUUUAACCGAUGCAAUGGUUGAAUUCUAUAGUGAAUCUCAAAAACGUUUCACUCCUGAUAUUCAAGCUCAUUACAUUUAUUCACCACGUGAACUCUCUCGUUGGGAUCGUGCUCUCUUAGAGGCAAUUCAAACUAUGGAUGGUUGUACAUUGGAAGGUUUAGUACGUUUAUGGGCCCAUGAAGCUCUUAGAUUAUUCCAAGAUCGUCUCGUUGAAACUGAAGAAAAAGAAUGGACCGAUAAAAAGAUUGAUGAAGUAGCUCUUAAACAUUUCCCAUCUGUUAAUUUAGAUGCUUUGAAACGUCCAAUCCUCUAUAGUAAUUGGUUAACCAAAGAUUAUCAACCAGUUAAUCGUUCAGAUCUUCGUGAAUAUGUCAAAGCAAGAUUAAAGGUAUUCUAUGAAGAAGAGUUGGAUGUUCCAUUGGUAUUAUUCAAUGAAGUAUUGGAUCAUAUUCUUAGAAUUGAUCGUGUUUUCCGUCAACCACAAGGUCAUGCACUUUUAAUUGGUGUAUCUGGUGGUGGUAAAUCAGUUUUAUCACGUUUUGUCGCUUGGAUGAAUGGUUUAUCAAUCUAUACAAUCAAAGUUAACAACAAUUAUAAAUCCUCUGAUUUCGAUGAUGAUCUUCGUAUGUUAUUAAAACGUGCAGGUUGUAAAGAAGAGAAGAUUUGUUUCAUUUUCGAUGAAUCCAAUGUUUUAGAAUCAUCUUUCCUUGAACGUAUGAAUACUCUAUUGGCAGGUGGUGAAGUUCCAGGUCUUUUCGAAGGUGAAGAAUUCACUGCACUCAUGCAUGCUUGUAAAGAAACCGCCCAAAGAAAUGGUCUCAUUUUAGAUUCUGAAGAAGAACUUUACAAAUACUUUACAAGUCAAGUUCGUCGUAAUCUUCAUGUAGUUUUCACAAUGAAUCCAGCAAGUCCAGAUUUCCACAAUCGUUCAGCUACCUCUCCUGCACUUUUCAAUCGUUGUGUUUUGGAUUGGUUUGGUGAAUGGUCACCAGAAGCUUUAUUCCAAGUUGGUUCUGAAUUCACUAGAAAUCUCGAUCUUGAAAAUCCACAAUACAUUGCUCCACCAGUUUUCAUUCAAGAAGCAGAGAUAAUGGGUAAUAAUUUAAUGGCCAUCCCACCAUCACAUCGUGAUGCAGUCGUAAGUUCAUUGGUUUAUAUUCAUCAAACCAUUGGUGAAGCCAAUAUUCGUUUACUUAAACGUCAAGGUCGUCAAAAUUAUGUAACUCCACGUCAUUAUUUGGAUUUCAUUAAUCAAGUGGUAUUAUUAAUCAAUGAGAAACGUGAUCAAUUAGAAGAGGAACAACUUCAUCUCAAUAUUGGUCUUAAGAAAUUACGUGAUACUGAGGCUCAAGUUAAAGAUCUUCAAGUUAGUUUAGCUCAAAAGAAUCGUGAACUCGAUGUUAAGAAUGAACAAGCCAAUCAAAAAUUAAAACAAAUGGUUCAAGAUCAACAAGCAGCUGAAAUUAAACAAAAGGAUGCUCGUGAACUUCAAGUUCAAUUGGAUGUUAGAAACAAAGAGAUUGCCGUUCAAAAAGUUAAAGCUUAUGCAGAUUUAGAAAAAGCUGAACCAGCCAUUAUCGAAGCUCAAGAAGCUGUAUCCACCAUUAAAAAGAAACAUUUGGAUGAAAUUAAAUCUUUACCAAAACCACCAACUCCAGUCAAAUUGGCAAUGGAAGCAGUUUGUUUAAUGUUGGGUGGUAAGAAAUUAGAAUGGGCAGAUAUUAGAAAGAAGAUUAUGGAACCAAAUUUCAUUACCUCGAUUAUUAAUUAUGAUACAAAGAAAAUGAUGACACCAAAAAUCAGAGAAGCCAUUACCAAAGGUUAUUUAGAAGAUCCAGGUUUCGAUUAUGAAACAGUUAAUCGUGCCUCCAAAGCUUGUGGUCCAUUGGUUAAAUGGGCAACCGCUCAAACUUAUUACUCUGAAAUUUUAGAUCGUAUUAAACCAUUACGUGAAGAGGUUGAACAAUUAGAAAACGCUGCAAAUGAAUUGAAAUUGAAACAAGAUGAAAUCGUUGCCACCAUUACUGCCUUGGAGAAAUCUAUUGCCACCUAUAAGGAAGAGUAUGCAACUUUAAUUCGUGAAACUGAACAAAUUAAAACCGAAUCAAGUAAAGUCAAGAAUAAGGUCGAUCGUUCAAUUGCUCUUUUAGAUAAUCUUAACUCUGAACGUGGUAGAUGGGAACAACAAAGUGAAAACUUUAACACUCAAAUGUCAACUGUUGUUGGUGAUGUUGUUUUAGCAUCUGCUUUCCUUGCAUAUAUUGGUUUCUUUGAUCAAAACUUCCGUACUGACCUUAUGAGAAAAUGGAUGAUUCGUUUAGAUUCAGUUGGUAUUAAAUUCAAGAGUGAUCUAUCAGUACCAUCUUUCCUUUCCAAACCAGAAGAACGUCUUAACUGGCAUGCAAAUUCUUUACCAUCCGAUGAAUUAUGUAUUGAAAAUGCAAUCAUGCUUAAACGUUUCAAUCGUUAUCCAUUGGUUAUAGAUCCAUCUGGUCAAGCCAUGGAAUUCCUUAUGAAUCAAUAUGCCGACAAAAAGAUUACCAAAACUAGUUUCCUCGAUUCAUCAUUUAUGAAGAAUUUAGAGAGUGCUCUCAGAUUUGGUUGUCCAUUAUUGGUACAAGAUGUUGAAAACAUUGAUCCAGUAUUGAAUCCAGUACUCAAUAAAGAAAUUCGUAAGAAAGGUGGUCGUAUUCUCAUUCGUUUAGGUGAUCAAGAUGUCGAUUUCUCUCCAUCCUUUAUGAUCUUUUUGUUCACUCGUGACCCAACCGCUCACUUUACUCCAGAUCUUUGUUCUCGUGUUACCUUUGUAAAUUUCACUGUCACUCCAUCCUCACUUCAAAGUCAAUGUCUUCAUGAAGCUCUUAAAACUGAAAGACCAGAUACUCAUAAGAAACGUUCUGAUCUCCUCAAGAUUCAAGGUGAAUUCCAAGUUAAAUUAAGAAUUCUCGAAAAAUCUUUAUUGAAUGCUCUUUCCCAAGCCUCUGGUAACAUUUUAGAUGAUGAUUCUGUCAUUUCAACCCUUGAAACAUUAAAGAAAGAAACCACUGAAAUUGCACUUAAAGUUGAAGAAACCGAGACCGUUAUGCAAGAAAUUAGUGAAGUUUCAGCUCUUUAUAAUCCAAUGGCUCUCUCAUGUUCACGUGUUUACUUUGCAAUGGAAGAACUUUCUCAAUUCCAUCUCUACCAAUUCUCUUUACGUGCUUUCUUGGAUAUCUUUUAUAAUCUACUUAAUAAUAAUCCAAAUUUAGUCGAUAAAAAAGAUCCAAAUGAACGUUUGGUUUAUUUAUCAAAAGAUAUUUUCUCAAUGACUUUCAAUCGUGUAACUCGUACACUCUUAAAUGAUGAUAAAUUAACAUUUGCACUUCAAUUAACUAUCAUUUCAGUUAAAGGUACAUCCAAUGAAAUCGAAGAAAGUGAAUGGGACUUCCUUUUGAAAGGUGGUGAUAAUUUAACAUCAAUCAAAGAAACCAUUCCACAAUUGGAUUCAUUAUUAUCAACUACUCAACAAAAAUGGUUAAUUUGUCUUAGACAACAAGUUCCAUCAUUCUCUAAAUUGGUUGAUCAUAUUCAACAAAACUCUUCCGAUUGGAAACAAUUCUUUGGUAAAGAUCAAGUUGGUGAACCAAUCAUUCCAGAAUCUUGGAUCGUAGCUCAAGCUCAACUUUCUAAUCAACAAUCAACCAUUGUUUCAAACUUUAGAAAAAUUCUUUUAAUGAAAGCUUUCCAUAGUGAUAGAGUUUUACAAUAUUCUCAUAGUUUUGUUUGUUCAGUAUUUGGUGAAGAUUUCUUAAAUACUCAAGAAUUAGAUAUGGCAAACAUUGUAGAGAAAGAGGUUAAAUCUUCAUCACCAUUGUUAUUAUGUUCAGUUCCAGGUUAUGAUGCAUCAAGUAAAGUCGAUGAUUUAGCAUUACAAUUACAUAAACAAUAUAAGUCAUUUGCUAUUGGUUCACCUGAAGGUUUUGAAUUAGCCGAGAAAUCAAUUUAUGCCGCCGCUAAAUCUGGUACUUGGGUAUUAUUAAAGAAUAUUCAUUUGGCACCACAAUGGUUGGUACAAUUGGAAAAGAAACUUCAUUCACUCUCUCCACAUCCAAGCUUUAGAUUAUUUAUGACCUCUGAAAUUCAUCCAGCUCUUCCAGCAAAUCUUCUUCGUAUGUCAAAUGUAUUCUCUUAUGAAAAUCCACCAGGUGUUAAAGCUAAUCUUUUACAUACCUUUAUUGGUAUUCCUGCAACUCGUAUGGAUAAACAACCAGCAGAACGUUCACGUAUCUAUUUCCUUUUAGCUUGGUUCCAUGCAAUCAUUCAAGAAAGACUUCGUUAUAUUCCAUUGGGUUGGACUAAAUUCUUUGAAUUCAAUGAUGCCGAUUUACGUGGUGCCCUAGAUUCAAUCGAUUAUUGGGUUGAUCUCUAUAGUAAAGGUAGAAGUAACAUUGAUCCAGACAAGAUUCCAUGGAUCGCUGUUCGUACCAUUUUAGGUAGUACAAUUUAUGGUGGUAGAAUUGAUAAUGAAUUUGAUAUGCGUUUACUUUAUUCAUUCCUUGAACAACUUUUUACUCCAAGUGCAUUCAAUCCAGAUUUCCCAUUAGUACCAUCCAUUGGUUUAUCAGUUCCAGAAGGUACAACUCGUGCUCACUUUAUGAAAUGGAUUGAAGCUUUACCAGAGAUUUCAACUCCAAUUUGGUUAGGUUUACCUGAAAAUGCUGAAUCAUUACUCUUGUCAAAUAAAGCUAGAAAGAUGAUUAAUGAUCUCCAAAAAAUGCAAUCAUCUGAAGAAGAUGGUGAAGAUGAUCAAGUUAGUGGUAGUUCAAAGAAAGAAUCAUCAUCAUCAUCAUCAGAAGAUAAAGGUAAAGCUAAACUUAGAGCAACCAUCACUGAAUGGACUAAACUCUUACCAAAACCAUUGAAACAAUUAAAGAGAACCACUCAAAAUAUUAAAGAUCCAUUAUUCCGUUGCUUUGAAAGAGAAAUUUCAACUGGUGGUAAAUUAGUUAAAAAGAUUACCAAUGAUCUCGCAAAUCUUUUAGAACUAAUUUCUGGUAAUAUUAAAUCAACCAAUUAUCUUCGUUCACUUACCACUUCAAUCUCUAAAGGUAUCGUUCCAAAAGAAUGGAAAUGGUAUUCAGUACCUGAAACCAUUAGUCUUUCAGUUUGGAUCUCUGAUUUCUCAAAGAGAAUGCAACAAUUAUCAGAGAUUUCAGAAAGUUCAGAUUAUAGUUCCAUUCAAGUUUGGUUGGGUGGUUUAUUAAAUCCAGAAGCUUACAUUACCGCUACUAGACAAUCCGCUUCUCAAUUGAAUGGUUGGUCCUUAGAAAACCUUAGAUUACACGCUUCCUCAUUGGGUAAAAUCUCUUCAGAAGGUGGUGCUAGUUUCAAUGUUAAAGGUAUGGCUUUAGAAGGUGCUGUUUGGAACAAUGAUCAACUCACACCAACCGAUAUCCUCUCAACUCCAAUUUCAAUCGCUACUUUAACUUGGAAAGAUAAAGAUGAUCCAAUCUUUAACAAUUCAUCUUCAAAACUAUCUGUACCAGUCUAUCUCAAUGAAACUAGAUCGGAAUUAUUAUUCUCUAUAGAUUUACCAUAUGAUCAAUCAACUUCAAAACAAAAUUGGUAUCAAAGAUCAGUUUCAAUCAGUUCAUGGAAAUCUGAUAUUUAA